GUUCUCUCCCGGUUCUGGGAGGGGAGUGGGGGCCGGUGAUGGGAGCCCGGACUCCUGGGUUCUCUCCCCGGCUCUGCUCUUGACACCCUGAGUGACCUGGAGCAAACCCCACCCACGUGUCCGUUUCCCCCUCUGCCAAGAGGAAGGUUUUGCACGAAGCACGUCCCUGCAGCCCUGCUCAGAGCAGCAUCUUGUGAUGUUUCCAACCCCCAAGCUCCUCCACAUUGUACUGAUGCGUACCCACCCCUCCUGUGAGCCCUGAACACUCCCCCCGCCUUUGGCACGGAGAUACGUCCCCCCACUUGCCCACUCGUUCCGGAACGAAGCAGCCAUGGCUGAGGCUGUCCAUUACAUCCACCUGCAGAACUUCAGCAAGUCCCUGCUGGAGACGCUGAACGGGCAGCGCCUGGGCGGGCACUUCUGCGAUGUGACCGUGCACAUCCAUGAGGCCACCCUGCGGGCCCACCGGUGCGUGCUGGCCGCCGGCAGCCCCUUCUUCCACGACAAGCUGCUGCUGGGCUACUCGGAGAUCGAGGUGCCCGCCGUGGUGCCCAGCCAGGUGGUGCAGCAGCUGGUGGAGUUCAUGUACAGCGGCUCUCUGGUGGUGGCCCAGUCCGAGGCCUUGCAGAUCCUGACGGCCGCCUCCAUCCUCCAGAUCAAGACAGUCAUCGAUGAGUGCACCCAGAUCAUCUCCCAGAGCCGCAGCCCCAAGCCGUCCGCCACUGCCUCCUCCAUGCCCCUCGCCGUCCCCAGGCCGCUGACUGUCAAGCCCCAGGAGCAAACCAAGGAGAGCCCAGGUGCUGUCGGUCUCCCGGCCUCCCGGCCCAGUGAGAUGGAGCCCCCUGGCACUGCCCAGCUGGAGGCGCCCAAGCUGCUGUGUGCCUCGGAGGUGCGCUACAAGCUCCGUGACUUGCUCUCCUCCCAGCAGAGGCAGCUGGGGGAGGCCAGGGAGAGGACAGCAUCUGAGGGGGAACUGGCAACCGCUGGCAGCGACGGUGAGGGGCCCUACGGCGGGCUGCACCCGGCCGAGGCUCAGCCCAGCUGCCACAGCCGCAAGCAGCGCCAGCCGGUGCGGCUCCAGCUUUCUGACGCCUUGCCUGUCAUCAUCAAGGACGAGGAGGAGGAGGAGGAAGACGAGGAAGAGGAGGAGGGUGGCGGAAAGCUGAGCUGCUUCGGGGAAUGUGGUGGGGGAGCCUUCCCCAGCUGCAGUAAGGCCAAAGACACUGGGGGCGGGAGCGGCGCAGGCGGGGCAGGCAGGAAGGAUGGCGUCCCGCUAGACUAUCCCGCCGUGGAGGGGCAAGAUUUCUUCAGCGGGCAGGAUGUCUUCUCCGAGUCCUUCAUCCCGGCCUGGCAGAGUGAGGAGAGCAGCCAUGGGGCAGCCCGGGAGGGCGAGAAGUUCCGCGCCGAUUGCAGCCUGGAGGCCUCCAACAUGAGGACGCUGGCUGGAGACUUCAAGCCAGCCCCGGCCAGCUUCCCGGCCCAGGCGCCCGAGCCCCGCGGCCUGGCGUUCGUCUCCUCCCUGGGCAUCCAGCGGGAGCUGAAAGCAGAGGUGAGCACCGCCGGACCCGGCACCACCACCACCACCAGCAUCUUCCAGUUCCACCUGCCGCAGCCUGGCGUGGCCCAGAGCUUCUACAGCGUCCAGCAGGAGGCCGGAGCCGCCAACAUGGUACAGCUCAGCCCCAGCGCCAUGGUGACGGGCUCCCUGCACGGCGAGCAGGUCCAGCGCCCGGGGCCUUCCCGCUGCUCCGAGCCAUCCUACCAGUGCAGCCACUGCCAGAAGACCUUCAGCUCCCGCAAGAACUACACCAAGCACAUGUUCAUCCACUCAGGCGAGAAGCCCCACCAGUGCAGCAUCUGCUGGCGCUCCUUCUCGCUGCGGGACUACCUGCUGAAGCACAUGGUGACGCACACGGGCGUGCGGGCCUUCCAGUGCUCCAUCUGCUGCAAGCGCUUUACCCAGAAGAGCUCCCUCAAUGUCCACAUGCGCACGCACCGCCCCGAGCGCUUCCAGUGCUGUAUCUGCAACAAGUACUUCUCCCACCGCACCCUGCUUGAGCGCCACGUGGCCACCCACACCGCUUGGAAAGCUGGCGAGCCCGACGUGGCCGGGGGCGCCUGGAAGGAGAAGCCCGACCCAGGAGAGGGUGCCAGUGUUGCCGCCUGGAAAGGGGACCCAGCCACCGAGGGCACCAUGGUGGCGUGGAAAGGGGACCCGGGCGGGGAAGGCACCAUCGCGGCCUGGAAGGGGGACUCUGUUGCGGAGGGGGCUCUCCCCACCCAGCCCACAUGGAAAGGGGACCCUGCUGGAGAGGGCAGCAUGCCAACCCACACGGCCUAAGAGAGUGGCCUGGCUGGAGUGGGCACAGGUGAAGGGGGGACCAAAGUAGGCCCAUCUCAGCCCAGCCAGCCUGGAAAGGGGCCCAGGCCAAGCACAACCCAUGUGCCCUGAAAAGGGAAGGCCUAGAGUAACCAACUUGGCUCAGAGAGGCAUCUGGGGUACCAGUUACUUUCCUGAUGCCCCUCACCCCAGCCGGUACGACGUGCACUCAGGACCGACUGGCUUGGGCAAGUCCUGUUUUGAUCUCCAAGUUGAGUUCUCUCUCUGGGCUCUGUUCCCUUCCGAGCUUCGCAGUGGGCCAUGCCUUGUGGGCACUCCGUCCUCCCAGUCACACUGGUUGGGAGCAGUUCCGUCACCUCCAGCAGACCAUCUCUGAGCCAUGUGACAUCAUGAGUAGAAACCAACGGAAACCCUAGCAGUGACCAAAGAGUCUUUCCGGCUCCCUGGGGAAGGGACAGAAAGGAACUACACAGCUGUGGAGCCCCUAAACCUUCCUUUGUGAGCAGUUAUUUCUCCAUCUUCAGGAGUUCAGCGGUGGAUCAGAGUUCUAGCUACUCCCUGGCUACAGAAUCCCUCACUUACCAUCAGCAUAUUCCAACAGCCCUCGUCAUUGCAAAAAGGAACUUCCCAACAUCUUCCUGAGUCUGCGGACAGCCUGAAACAGGCCCUGGGAGAGGCACAAACUACCCCUACCUGAAACUUAACAAUGACUGUUUCAAGGUCAGCAUCACUAACUGCUGCUCUCCCAGUAGCUUUAGCAGCAACAUCCAGCUAACGUACUUGUCCCACAAUGCCAAACAACUCCCCAGUUCUUAAAUCUCCCCGCUCACACCCUCAUUGUCCCCUGGGAACGUGUAUAAGACAGGGUUUGAAGAGCAGUGGUGCACAGAAAACGUAAGGCCAGAGUAACUAGAGUUCAAUAUAAAAUAAAUAACACGCUGACGAGGCACUGAUGGCCCUGAUGAAGGGGUUGCCGGCAGCCGGUGAAUCCCUCCUUCUGUCUAAAAAUACUGCACCCAUAAGUCACGCC